ACAAAUUGACCUGCCUCGAGCAACUUCCCCUGAAAAUGAGUUGGCAACACUUCGUGGUUGAUGCUUUUUGUCUACUCGCAAAUGAAUGUAUGAAACGUUGAUUUGAACCUUCUGACCAACUAGUGGACCAGACGGCGCCCCACUGUCUGAUUAAUAUCGCGUGAUUACUGAUGAUUGUUCUCGAUUAUAUCGACCUUUUGUUUCUGUAUGGGGUGCACCUAUCUGUUAUAGCAUGAGCCAGAGAAGCUCCGCCUACUUCUCUCAUUCCAGGAAGUAUAUUGUCGCGGUCUCGCCCUUCGUCAAAUCAUAAGCUGCAAAUCAAGAGUCCCUCUGCUAUCAAUACUACAGCUAUGAAUACGAAUGGUUAUAAAGUAUCACUCAACGGGGGAUAGCUUUAGUUUAACGCAGGUUUUUAGAGUAUGUCUAGGUAGCUAGCUUGUUAGUCCAUGUGGUCCCAUCGUAAACGGCUAACUUUAGCUAGCUAGGUGACAGGUUCAACCAUAACUUUUACGGAUAAGCGUGAUAUUUUUUUAGAUAGCACACAUCUACAAUAAGGUAUGCUUUUGUGCUGGGUCAGAAUUGUGAGCUGUGCCAUUAAUAUUGCAUGCAUGUCUUCUAUGUUUUAUUGUCACAAAAACAACAUAAUUCCAUCACCAAACAGAUAUUUCAAAGAUGGACUUUGAAAUAUCCCAUAUGCUGCAAGACCUACAACAAGGUAAGGCUCCUGAAGAGGGACAUUCCCCAGCAGAACCUGAUACGCUGCUCUCUCGUCCAGUGGCUGAGGUCCUGCUUCAUGUCCAGGAGAAACUCAAGGCACCAGGGCUCACCACAGAACAAAGUGGAGCAAUCCUUCAUAUUGUGGAGCAGCUAUUCAGACUGGGGGACAGACACUGGCUUUUUUCUGAGUGUUGCAGCAAUCAGAGCACAGACUUGACAAGGGAGUAUGUAGACUUUGUGAGCUCCCUGACACUGUAUGCUGCUUUGCCAUUGUGUGACAAUGACAGUGGCACACUACCGGAGAGUUCCUUUGAGGCCACCCCGGCCAGAGCCUGUGCCGUGAGUUCAGUAGUUUUAGCCCUGGUACAAAGACUUGGGAAUGGAGGAGAGGCUGUUUCCAGCCACUGCCAAGCCACCUCCUGGGUCUUCCUCACAGGUCCACUUGCCCCCCUCUUGUGUGUGUUUGCGUUGACUCAUAUGCAAGAGCAGGCAUGGACCAGUGAGGCCUCCAGAACAGCUGCAUCUAACCUCCUGGACUCAGUGGUCCAGGCAGGGGACUGGGAGACCACUUCACAGCUUCUGUUUGGGAAGAACAACACAGAGCCCCAACCAGGAGUCCUUGGCUCCAUCUUGGAGAUCCUGCAGUCAGAUUUAAAAAGGGACAGCUGGAAGCGAAACCAGGCCACUAAGCAUGUAUUUGCCUGGAUCCUCAUGCAGGUGGGCCGGCCGUGGCUAACCGACUAUCUGGAGAAGGUUUUCCCCCCUUCACUGCUGAUGUCGGAUGAUUACUGCACUGACAACCAAGUGCUGGGAGUACGCUGCCUGAAUCACAUUGUCCUCAAUGUGCCUGCUGCCGAUCUCUGUCAGUACAACAGGGCCCAGGUGCUCUACCAUGCCCUCUUCAACCACCUCUACACAUCUGAGCCUCAGCUUAUUGAGGUGGUCCUUCCAUGCCUGAUAGACCUUCUGCCUGUGUUGGAGAAAGACCCUGCUUGCACUGGGCUCCCCAGGAAGCCUAACCGUUAUGACGAGGUGCUGCGGCUGACCCUCACCCAUAUGGAAAUGGAGCAUAAACUUGCACUUCGGAGUGUCUAUGCCAAGUUUCUGGAACACUUAAUUGAAAAGAUGGGUAUCGUCAUUGUUCGCCAUCUGAAACGAUUGGAAAGAGUAAUCAUUGGGUAUCUAGAGAUCUCAGACGGUCCUGAAGAACAGACUAGACUGGCUAUCCUGGAUGCUUUAGAAAAGACCCUGCUCAUCGCCUGGCCAAGAAUGGAGUGCCGUCUUUCCGCCCUGGUGCAGAGUCUGUUGAGGCUACUGUGUGACCUGUCCACAGAGUCCAUACCCCCAGCAGUGAGAGAGGAGCUUGUCACCAAGGCCACUCAUUGUCUGCUGCUGCUGGACCACUGCACCCAGGGCAAGCUCAAGAUGCUUCUAACGGAUGUCGACAGCAGCUGCACCAGCACCUAUGUCCUGAGAUGCAUCGAGACAGUCACAAUGGCCCAAAGAUGACAUAUCUUAUGUUCAUUCCUCCAUUGGAAAUAAAGCCCACAUCUCUAUGGAUAUCUGGAACAGUGAUAAGAUGAAGGUGGUUAAUUGAGCAGGACUGACAGAACCUUUAUAUGUAGUCUGGCAAUAUGAGACUGACCCAAGUGCUAUUAUACAGUAAACUGACAUGUUUCAUUCUGUACGUCAGUGGAUCCCACUGUAUUUAUUAAAACAUCACUGGUUGAGA